AAUCCAACCCCCCCUUUACCCACUCUGCCUACCUCUCCAACUACAGUUCUCUCUCUCUCUCUCUCUCUCUCUUUCUCUCACUCACAAACUCACUCACUCACUCUAGACUUGCAUUUCUUUCUCUUGCUCACAGUUUCUCACUCUCAUGGCCACUGAAGAAACCCCUAAUCCUCCUCCACCGCUUCAAUCUCAAACUCUUCCACCUUCAACUCUACCGCUUUAUCCUGAGAUGAUUAUGACAGCAGUGGAGGCGCUGAACAACGAGGCGAACAAAUCGGCUAUUUCGAAGCACAUAGAGACGGCCUACCCGAAUAUCCCGGCGACUCACUCGACUCUACUGUCGCACCACCUCAACAAGAUGAAGCAGAGCGGCCAGCUCGUUCUCGUCAAGAACAACUACAUGAAGCCGGACCCCAACGCGCCGCCGAAGCGCGGUCGCGGCCGUCCACCCAAGCCGAAGGCGCCGAUGUCUCCCGGCGCCGUGGCGUCUCCUCCUAGGCCCAGAGGCCGUCCGCCUAAGCCCAGAGACCCUUUUGCUCCGGUGCCUUCGCCUACGAAGAAAGCGGCGUCUUCCGGCUCCGGAAGGCCACGUGGCCGUCCUCCUAAGAAGGUCAAGACCGCGGCUUCUUCGGCUCCUGCUGUGGCUCCGACCGGCGGCUCGCCCAGAGGGAGAGGAAGGCCUCCUAAGGUCAAGCCGGCUGUCGCGCCAGUUGGGUGUUGAGUUCAGCUCGGCUCAGAGCUGACUAAAGACUGAAGAGAAGGAGAGAGAAUUUUUUUUCUUUUUUUAAUAUUAGUUUAGUCUCUGCUAAUUGAUGUUUUUUUUUUUCUUUUUUUUUAGCUUUAGCUUUAUCUUUUUUUUUUCUUUUUUUUUAAUUUCUCUCUCUAGCUUUUUUUUUUUUUUUUUUUUAAUUUUUUUAAAUUUAAAUUAUGUGGUGGGUGAUGUAAGGUUGUAUGGUGGGGACUUGGGUCUAAUGUGACUGUAAUUGCAUUGUAAAUCAUCUCAGCGGCUGUUUAGGCUUUUUUCAUUUGGAAUUAUCUCUCUCUAGGAAAAAAAGGGGUUAAAAAAUUGAGGUUCAUUCUGAUUA